CGGCCCUUUUCGUAAUGAAAGAAAGGUCGAAAGUUGAAAAUUGAAACUUGAAAGCAUGGUUUGUUGAAAGGAAUUGGACCACCAUGUUCAGUCGGCUAUCCACAGACUGAAUCAUAAUUUCGUUUCCAUUUUUACACAUCCGUCCGCCACCUUGCCUCGAUCUCCAUCCACCGGACCCCGAGUAACUGAGAAUGGAGCCGGAUGUGAGCAUCGAGACGAGCUGCAUGAUCCGUGUAGCGGUCAUCCCAAUUGGGUCAAUUCCGAUCCCGCUCUUCCGAGAUUACACGUCCAUGCUGGUCCGCCACCACACCAUAUCGCUAUCCUCCAUCAGCUCCUUCUACACAGAGCACCAGAAGUCACCGUUCUCCCACCAGCCUUGGGACUCCGGCAGCCUCCGGUUUAAGUUCAUGGUCGGCGGAUCUCCGGCUAGCCCUUGGGAGGACUUCCAGUCUAAUCGUAAGAUCCUCGCUGUCCUUGGCAUUUGCCACUGCCCUUCAUCCCCUGAUCUCCACUCCGUCGCCGACCAGUUUACCUCUUCCUGUAAGGUUUACUCGUCUUCGCUUGUUCAACGCUGCUUCGCCUUCUGCCCUGGAGAUUCCCAGUUAGAGGAUGAGAGUCAUAAAGGGAGAAACAUAGUUUUGUUUCCGCCGGCGGAUAGACAAACUCAAGAGUUUCACUUGCAAACUAUGAUGCAAGAUAUUGCUGCCUCACUGUUGAUGGAAUUUGAAAAAUGGGUUCUGCAAGCAGAGUCUGGUGGAACUAUUCUAAAGACUCCUUUAGACUCUCAAGCUAGCCUGAGCUCAGAGGAGGUUUAUAUUUUAGGUUAUCAAGGCAAAGAAAAGAAGGCUUGGGAGGGCACAAAAAACUAUUGGAGAUUACUGUUUGUUGGCUGGGUCACCUGUUGAUGCCAAUGCACAUUAUUCCACUGCACUUGAACUCGCUAGGUUGACUGGUGACUUCUUCUGGUACGCUGGUGCAAUGGAGGGGAGUGUAUGCGCAUUGAUGAUAGAUCGUAUGGGACAAAGAGAUCCAGUUCUAGAGGAUGAAGUCAAAUAUCGUUACAAUAGUGUCAUAAUGCAUUAUAGAAAAUCAUUUAUACAAGACAAUGCUCAGAGAGUUUCACCUUUAAGCUUUGAGCUUGAGGCUACACUGAAAUUAGCUAGAUAUUUGUGUAGACGGGAGCUGGCUAAGGAAGUCGUUGAGUUGUUGACAGCUGCUGCUGAUGGAGCAAAAUCUUUAAUUGAUGCUAGUGACAGAUUGGUUUUAUAUAUUGAAAUAGCUCGACUCUUUGGUAAACUUGGUUAUCAGCGGAAGGCUGCCUUCUUCUCUAGGCAGGUUGCUCAGCUUUACUUGCAACAAGAGAAUAGAUUGGCUGCUACCAGUGCUAUGCAAGUAUUGGCAAUGACCACUAAAGCAUACCGUGUCCAAAGCAGAGCUUCUGCUCAACAUCAACAUGCUAUUUGUCAGGCCACUGGACCAACUCACGUUGAUGGAGGGAAAAUGCAUCACAACUGGAUAGUCUCACUUUUUGAAUCUCAGUGGAGCACACUUCAGAUGGUUGUGCUGAGGGAAAUACUUCUAUCUGCUGUCCGUGCUGGAGAUCCUCUUGCUGCAUGGAGCGCAGCGGCACGACUUCUAAGAUCUUAUUAUCCGUUGAUUACCCCAGCUGGGCAAAAUGGAUUGGCAAGUGCCCUUUCGAAUUCAUCUGAGAGGCUUCCUUCAGGAACUCGUUGUGCUGAUCCUGCCCUGCCUUUCGUCAGGUUGCAUUCAUUCCCACUUCAUUCCUCACAACUGGACAUAGUAAAGCGCAAUCCUUCUAGGGAAGAUUGGUGGGUUGGAUCUGUGCCAUCAGGACCUUUUAUUUAUACACCAUUCAGCAAAGGGGAGUCAACUCAAAGUAGUAAACAGGAGUUGAUUUGGGUUGUUGGUGAACCUGUUCAAGUCCUGGUGGAGUUGGCAAAUCCUUGCGGUUUUGACUUGAUAGUUGACAGUAUAUAUCUAUCAGCCCAUUCUGAAAAUUUUGAUGCUUUCCCUGUCAGUGUUAAUCUUCCUCCUAAUUCAGCUAAGGUGAUUACAUUAUCUGGAAUUCCUACUAAAGUGGGAUCGGUGACAAUUCCUGGAUGCAUUGUUCAUUGUUUUGGUGUUAUCACUGAACAUUUCUUUAAGGAAGUUGAUAAUCUGCUCCUUGGAGCAGCACAAGGACUAGUGUUGUCUGACCCUUUCCGCAGCUGUGGUUCUCCUAAGUUGAAGAAUAUACCUGUUCCAAACAUUUCAGUGGUUACCCCACUGCCAUUGUUGGUGUCACGUGUUGCUGGAACUGAUGGUGCUAUUAUCCUUUAUGAAGGUGAGAUUCGUGAAGUGCAUAUUACUUUGGCAAAUGCAGGUACAGUUCCAGUUGAGCAAGCCCAUAUUUCAUUGUCAGGGAAGAACCAAGAUUCAGUUAUAUCAAUCACGUAUGAAACCAUGAAGUCUAGCCUUCCUCUCAAGCCUGGUGCGGAGGUGACAAUAUCUGUCACUUUAAAAGCUUGGCAGCUUGGGAUUAUAGAUCCUGAUGCUGCUCCCAACAAGAGUAUUUCCCCAAACUCUGGGAGACAAAUCAAAGAUGGAGUCAGCCCAAUGUUGCUGAUCCACUAUGCAGGUCAGUUGAUGAUACCUGGGAAACCACCAGUAGAUGGGUCUAUUCCUCCUGGAAGGCGGCUGGCUAUUCCCUUGAACAUAUGUGUCUCACCAUGCUUGUCUUUUGUAAAGGCUCGUUUGCUCUCAAUGGAGAUUCCUGCUUAUGUUGGUGAUGAUCAUCCAAAACUUGAAAUAGAAAAGGAGUGUUCUAUUGAAGAAGCUACCUGCAUGGAAAGACAAGCUGACAAGUUCAUAAAAAUUGACCCUUACAGAGGAAGUUGGGGGUUGCGUUUUCUCGAGAUGGAGUUGUCUAAUCCAACAGAUGUUGUCUUUGAGAUUGGUGUGUCUGUUCAGCUUGAGAACUCUCCCAGUGAGGGGAGUCCUGAAUACAAGUAUCCUAGAACAAGGAUAGAUAGAGAUUACACAACCAGAGUACUAAUACCCUUGGAACACUUCAAAUUGCCCGUUCUUGAUGGUUCCUUCCUGGUUAGGGACUCCAUGAUGAAUGGGACCAACAAUAGAAGUUCAAGCUUCUCUGAGAAAAACAGCAAGGCUGAACUUAAUGCUUGCAUCAAGAAUUUAAUUUCUCGGAUUAAAGUUAGGUGGCAGUCUGGACGAAACAGUUCAGGAGAAUUAAAUAUCAAGGAUGCAAUACAGGCUGCUUUACAAUCAUCAGUGAUGGAUGUUCUGCUGCCAGAUCCACUGACCUUUGGUUUUGCUCUCACCGGAACUGGUUUGCCCAAGGAGUUGGGCAUGCAGAACCAUUGUGUUGCAUCUAAGGGGCCAAUUGUUGCACAUGACAUGACUCCAAUGGAAGUGCUUGUACGCAACAAUACGAAAGAAACUAUUAGAUUAAGUCUCAGCAUCACAUGUCGAGAUGUAGCUGGUGAGAACUGUGUGGAGGGUGAUAAGGCAACCGUGUUAUGGACAGGUGUUUUGAAUGGUAUUGCCAUGGAGGUACCCCCACUUCAAGAAAUCAAGCAUUCCUUCUCCUUAUAUUUCCUGGUUCCAGGUGAGUAUACGUUGUUACCUGCUGCUGCAAUUGAUGAUGCUAAUGAAAUUCUAAGAGCUCGAGCAAGAGCGAACUCAAAUGACGAGCCAAUAUUUUGUCGUGGACCGCCUUUCCACAUCCGAGUGAAUGGAACCCUAUGACAGCUGUCACGCUACAAUUGGCUCCAAAAGAUUUAUGUUUAACCGGGUGUCAGUGUUGUGUUUCUAAUCUAUGUAUUUAUUAAGCUUCCUUAGUCAUACCGACCCUUUGUUUUCCCUUUCUCUAUUCCUUUUGCUAUGGAGUGACUUUUGUUACAAACGGACCUAAUUUAGAUGUGCAUUAACCUUUUGUAGCUUUUGUGCAUGCUGAAAAUCCCAUACUAUAAUAGUGUAAUAUAUCUGCGGCUGUCCAGUGAUUUUGCUUUACCCUAAAGUGCAAUGGUGCCUGCC